AUGCGGCAUCUUGUGGGAUUUUGCAGUAAGUCAAUAAUAUAAAGUCAUUAAUGAAAAAUAAUAGUUAACAAAAACAAUUUUAUGUAAUAUUAAGAGAAAACAUUUUGUUAAAUCAUUUGUUUUAUUUAAUAAACUAGUUCCAGUUAAAAUAAGUAUCUUUGAAAUAGACGCGUAAUAUCGAAGUUUACUAGCGAUUAAUUUCAAAUCGAUAUCCAAUCGCAAUCGAUAUAAUUUCUUCUAAUUGAUCUAGAAUAUUGGGAUGUAACGUAAGAACGUCAAUUUUAACCGGGAAACGUAGCAAGAAGAAUCGUCUAGAAAUUAUCAGGUAAAAAUUACAAUCAAUAAUUUUUAGACUUCAUUUAAAUUGUCAAAUAUGUUUAUGAUUAAAUACACUAAGAAUUAUUUAAAAAUUAUUAUGUAUGUAUAAUCAAUUUAUUCAAUACAUUCACGUCGCUACGAUACGUCUUCUUUCGUUUUAGAUUGAUUAUGAAGAAAAUGUCGGAGCAUUAGAAGGAUAUUGUGGAAUUCAAAAGGAAUAAAAUUAGUAACAAACUUGUGAAGCUGUAAUAACAUUUUUGUAUGUAUUUAUACGUAUUUAUACAUUUGUUUCUGCUUUUUAUUGGAUAAUUGGUGAUAUUUAUUUCGCAUUUAGUCGAUAAUGGUCAGAUUUGAAUAAAUGAUGCUUCUGCGCGUUUGUUGUGUCUUUAUUAAUACUUUAAUAGUUUGAAAUUUAUUUAAAACUCUAAUGAUGGACGUUCAUUGUUACGGAAAUUCUAGUUUAUUUUAUUUUUUAUUAUUUAUUUAUUUUGUAUUUUGUUUGAACUAUUAUUAAUAUUUAUUCAAACAAAAGUAUAAAAGUUUUAAUUUAAUAUUGAAGUAAAUAAUGUAAUAAAAGUGCUUAACAUGAUUCAUAAAAUCAUUAAAUUCUCAAUUUUUAGAUUUUUAAUUUUUAUGCUGAAAUUAUGUUUUGUUAAAGAUUUUUCACAAUUUAAUCUGUUAUAAACUUCAUGAAAGACAAUAUAAGAAAAUAUUCACAUUUUAACGCGUGAAAUAUUUACUUUUACGGAAAUUAUAACAGUUUAAAGCAUUAACAAUUUUUCAUCAAGUGUGAAUAUUAUCGUCCUUUUUUAAGAAUUUCUCAUGGAUUUUGUGUAUUUAAUUUAGACCAGAAUUUUUUAUUUUUUAUUCCAAGUUAUCAUUUUGUGCAAAACAUGCGAUUACAGCGCCCCUACGGUGAAGUACGGAACACUUCCUACGAUUCUCGAGUCUCAUAAUCGAUAUUCGAUUAGAUUGAUUCAAAGAAGGAAGCACACCUCGUCUGUAAAGAAGAAAGUAUUCCAGAAGAAUCAUCGUUUGUAUUGCGAAGAUAAAACGUUUGGCUUAGUCGCGAUCGCGAGUAGGUCCCGAAACGGACGUUCACGUAGGCAUUGCUCGAGCAUGCACAUGCGAACGGACAACGAUCAUUAUGAUCUAUGGUCGUCCAUGUGUGUUGGGGGUCAGCUUUCGCGUUUGCGAUUAGAAAGACUCGAGCUAAUUUCAGCGGGCAUUGCGCUCGAAGAAAGAAGUGGCUUGAAGCCGAAGAGGCCCGGCAAACUGCCACGAAGAGGGUCGCAACAAAUGGCUUCUCAUCCUCUGGAUCAUUUAAAUGAUUCCACAGCAUGGGAAGUCAUUCUUGUUACUACUUUGUCACUAUGCUCAUUUACUUUAAUAGAAUUUCUGUUUUCGCAGAAAUUUAGCUUCCCGCAUCGGUUUUCCUUACAGUUUCUUUUAUUGUCCGAUUUGCACAACGAUCAAUGUAUUGAACGUUUUGCAAACAAUGAUCAGUCCUUUGUAUUCGUAUUAGAGAUAUGGACAUUCAAAAUCAUCUGCGACUGUGAUAUGGAUAAAUUCGUUCACCACUGUAGUCGGUAUUUCACCAAGAGUCGGUAUAAUACCAACGAAAGAUUAGAGUGCGUUGUCAGUUAUGAAAUUUUUUUCUUAUCGACAUUCGAUAUUCUGUCGUUUUAUUCUAUCUAAUCAGCAGUUGGUAUAAUUGAAAUUAUAUAUCUAAAAUUAUUUAUAUUUGUAUUAUAUUUCGUUGCACAAAAAACGUUGCGAUUAUAUUUCUACAGAUUUUUAAAUUAUUAUUCCAAUUAUUUCACAUUCGUUAUUUCGUAUUAAAAUCACGAAGAGGCAGUUUAUAAAGAUGUAUUUAAAAAAUCCUUCAAAUUGAAGCAAGAAGAAACUGUAGACUGGAUGACUACUUCCGACUUAUUGCAAGCUAUGGAAUGUAUUAUCUGCAGUAAAUGUCCACGUUAA